AUGCGGGAGUUACGGCAUCACGAACGUAAAUUGUUGAAAAAAGUUGAUUUCUUGCAGUGGAAAUCUGAACACUCGCACCGAGAGGUGUCGACGAUUCGGAGGUAUCACUUGCGAGAUCGAGACGAGUUUAAGCGAUUCAACGUGUUGGUCGGUUCGGUGACGAAGUUGGCGAACGCGUUGAAGAAACUUGACGCGCGAGAUGAGACGAGACAGCACACGACGGAGGCUUUGUUGGCGAAAUUGUACGAUAUUGGUGCGAUUCCGUCGACCAAGUCUUUGACGCUGUGCGACCGGUUGUCGACGUCGUCGUUUUGUCGACGACGCUUGGCGACGGUUUUGGUUCGCGCGCGCAUGUGCGAGACGUUGCGAGAGGCGACGACGUUCAUAGAACAAGGGCACGUGCGCGUGGGGGCGAAAGUCACGCGUAAUCCUGGAUACAUCGUUACGCGAGAUAUGGAGGAUUACGUCACGUGGGUGGACACGAGUAAGAUCAAACGCAAAGUGGCGGCGUACAACGAUAAAUUGGACGACUACGAUUUGUUGGGCGAAUAAUUGUAUCGCGUACGCCGUUACUGGGCGUGUGUCUU